AAUGUGCACUGAGUUUUAGGUAUAAAAGCUUCACUUUCGUUUUUGUCAUCGCUACAGUUCGAUUCGACUGCUCUUAGCAUACGACACAUCCGGACUCAUAAAAACAUACAAGCAUGAAUCCUUUACGCAUCUUCUGUUUAGUGGUGGUCCUGCUAUCUACGGCGACGGCCCAUCGCAACAGCAAUUCAAUUCGCAAUAGCCUGCAGCCCAGCGAGUGGCUUUCUCCUCGGGAGUUGGAGGACUUGCCAGCUAUAAAUGAUAUUACCUUCGAAAAACUGAAGGAAAUGCCUGCUAUGGACGCUGCAGAAUUAUUGAAUAAGAUUUAUCACUUGUCAAUGCUAAGCCGCAAUGUUGAGCCAAGUUAUGCACCCAGCCCCGAUGAUAUUCCUGCCUACACAUUCACGCCAACCGGUCAGCGUGUCAACUUCAAAUUGAACAAGUUGGUGUCCGUUGCCAAGCAGCAACCUCAUUUCGGCGAACAGGAGGUCACAAUUUUCAUCACCGGUCUGCCCCAACAAAAACUGCGUGACGCCGAGCGUGCUAACCAAAGGCUCAUACAAGCCUAUUUGCAAAUGUACAAUGGACAAAUCCAGGUACAAAUCAACCACGGCGAUGAGUUUGAGCAGGCUGUUUCGUCAAGCGAGGAAACUACCAGCCAACAGCGCAGACCCACUGGCAAUCUAGUAGUCAUCGACUUAGGUGCUGUCAUCAGGAACUUCGAAGAAUUGGCUCUGCUAGACAUCAACAGAGUUGGUGCUAACAUCGGUAAUACCUUGGUCCAACUCACGUCGCAAGCUGAUGUGCCCCAGGAAGUUAUCAGCAUCGUUGCACAAGGCAUUGGUGCCCACGUAGCCGGUGCAGCUGCACGUCAGUAUACCCGUCAAACAGGCAACAAGCUGCGACGCAUCACCGCAAUGGAUCCCUCAAAGAUCUAUGCACGCAAACCCAAUACACUAGUCGGUUUGACACGCGGCAGUGCUGACUUCGUCGACGCUAUCCACACCUCCGCUUACGGCAUGGGUACAGUUUCACGUGCUGGCGAUGUUGACUUCUACCCCAAUGGCCCUUCAGUCACCAUGCCCGGUACUGAUGAUAUCAUUGAAUCUUCUCUGCGCGCUACUCGUUACUUCGCCGAGUCAGUGCGUCCAGGCAAUGAACGUAAUUUCCCAGCUGUCGCCGCUGAGUCGUUACAACAGUACAAAAACAACAAUGGUGAUGGUCGACGCGCCUACAUGGGAAUUGCUGCCGAUUACGAUCUGGAAGGCGACUAUAUUUUGCAGGUAAAUGCCAAAAGCCCAUUCGGAAAAAGCACCCCUGCUCAGAGGCAGAACACUUAUCAUGGAAUCCACCCGGUUGCCAGUCGCACCAGUUCAAACGAUUAUUAGAAGAUAUUCAAGAUGACCAAAGCCACUGACUCAGCUUUAAAUAUGCAUACCUACAUUGCAUUUGAUUUAAUUAAAAAAAUGUUCACUUUUAUAUUUGCUUUUUACUCUAAAGAGUAAACCUGAUUUGUAAAUAAAAACCAUUUGGUAUUAAAAAAUAAUUUCCGUGAUAUCAAUAUCCCAUUGAAA